CUGUUUGCAAGUCUUCCAUUCGAUUGUUUAAAUAAGACCUACGCCUUACAAUGUCUUAGUACAUAUGUGCAACGCAAUUGUAUUUGCCUCAUACUUUACCCUUCAUAAGUACAAACAUGUCAGAACAUGCCCGUCAUCUAGCCCGUCAUGUUUGGUCCAACAGUAUGGUCACGUACAUAUGUUGUGUGGUUCCACUAUCGUCAGAUAUUUUCCAGCGGCGUUACUGCUAGUAAAGUCAAAACGUAGCUAUAAAACAACGCCAUGAAGAGAAACAAUAUUCAAAUAAAACCUGAUCUCUCCCCUCGCACGAAUACACUAUCAAUUACUCUAGCUUUCUGCUUGAAUGAAACAAUACAAAAAGUACUUUGAGACAGGUUAAAGUUCAUGGAGGCGUUACCAUUGUCCUUGCUGCCGACUUGAUAUGUUUGUCUAGGGAGGGUACAUGUAACGUUACAUGUAUGUAGUCAAACGUUUUCUCACCGCGUGGACCAAAACGACACCGUGUUAGGAGACUACAACAGUAACAGGUAGCUCAGAAAGACAGCUUCCUCAUAUUUUUUUUAUUGUCAAGUCGCACUGCUACGACGGUGACGUCGAAAUGCCGGGGGUGCGUCCACGUCGUCAGAACAACAUGGCCGCCAUAGUUAGACGUCCCGAGUCGUGUGUCGUCGUCAGAGGUCUUCCCGAAAACGAACAUGAAAAUACGGACCUCACGCUGCGGCUGUACAUGUAUUUUACCACCUCCCUCAUCGGUGGUGGUAAAAUAGCUUUCGUGCUAAGGCCAGAAGAAGGAACGGCACUGAUAGAGUUCGUGGAAGAAUCGACUGUGAAAAAAGUCUUGGCCCAGAGAGGACAUAUCCUGAAAUACCGGCGACUCCAUGACGACGAAGAAGUUGAGAUCCCUCUCCAAGUGGAGCCCCUGUCACCCGAGGCAGCUGUGCUGAACAGGAUGUUGACCCACACCGAAGAGAAGCUGACAAUGAUGCGAGAAAGAGUCCUAGCUCUUACUCAAAAACUCGACGACGUCACACUUGAGAAGGAGGAACUCCAGGCAAGAGUAGACGAGCUGGAGCGGAGGCAAGGCCUCAGCCCGGACGACGCGGUGCGAGCCCUCGAGAGCGAGAACGAACGUCUACGAAACCAACUGUACAGAAAAAGGCAAUCUCAGGUCUCACCAAAGGAUCACAUGCGCUCCAAGUCGUACAAUAUGAGUCACAAACCGCGAGGACUGGCCGUCAUCAUCAACAACACCAAAUUCUUACGGCUACAGGAGAGGGUUGGCGCCGAGGCAGAUACAGCUCGAGUUACAAACCUGUUCCAACAACUUGACUUUGACGUGACAUCGCACAGCAACCUCGACCACGCCAAGAUGGUGGACGUGUUCAUCGAACUCGGCCAGGCCGACCACUCCAACUACGACUGCUUCGCUUGCUGCAUCAUGUCGCACGGGACCUCCAGCAAAGUUUUCUCUUCCAACGACGUGGGGAUCGACAUCUGUGAACUCAUGAAACAUGUCAAAAUCGAAAGGUGUCCCAGUCUUGAAGCUAAGGUAAACCCAAACUCUUCUUCAUCCAAGCCUGUCAGGGGGAAGCGGUUCAGGGCCGUGCUCUAGACAACGACACACAUGAUUCCAAACAGUUUUCGUUUAUGUCUCACGAAGCCGACAUCUUUCUUGGCUUGUCUACUGUGUCAGGAUUCGUUUCAAAGCGUAAUUGUGACGGAGCGCCCUACAUUCGCUUCCUCACUGAAGUGUUUGGAAAGUUUGGGCACAAACUUGAUCUUAUGACUAUGAUGGGGAUGAUCUGUGACCAAAUGAACUCUAAAGUCGGAAUGGUGUCUUCCAAUCAUUCUACACUCACUAAAAAUC